AUGCAGUCCAAAUUCCUCGCCGCGCUCCUCUUCUCCGCCACCGCACUGGCUGCCCCCCAGUCCGGCAACGACAUGCCCGACGCGGCCGCUCUGCUCGACUCCGUCCCCAGCUCCAUCCUCACCGUCCUCGAGACCGCCAUCCCGACUUCCUGGUACCAGGAGAUGAUGAACUCCGCCUCCCGCGACUCCAUCAUGUCCGAGAUCGCCGCCGGCACCUUCCCCGCCUGGUACAACUCCCUGCCCAACAACGUCAAGGCCUGGGCCACCUCUGCCGGCAACGGUCUGAUAGGUGAUUACUCCGCCGCUACUGCUACCGCCGCGGCCUGGGCCUCGGACGCUUCGACUGCCGUCACCGGCAUGGCGACUGCCGUCUCGGCCGCGGAGUCUGGUGCGUCCGCUGCAGCCAGCAGCUUUGCUUCCGCGGCCAGUUCGGCUGUGAGUGCUGCAUCGACUGCGGCAGCGGCCGCCGCUUCGUCUGCCUCGUCCGCGGCCGCCGCUUCGGCGACUUCGACUGGUGGUGCUCCCAUUGCGACGGGGACUGUGGCUGUGGGUAUCAUGGGAGCUGCUGGUAUCUUGGGUCUGGCUCUUGCUUUGUAA